ACACCAAGUGGCGGCGGUGAAAGAUGGUUUACUGAUAAGAAGGACUAUGGCGGCGAAAGAUGGUUUCCAAAUGAUAAGUGGAUGCCACCAAGUGGAGUUCAAGUUGGAUCGGUGUAUGAUGGAAUUGGUGAUCCUACAACACCGGGUUGGCCAAGUACCGGUGAAUGUGAGAGAUUGUCAGACAAGGAAGUGGAGAAUACAGGGAAUGUACCAUUGAUACCUCUGUUGCCGAUUUCAUGGGCUGAUGGAGAUGCAAUCAUAAGGACUAUCGGUGGAAAAGUCGCGAAUGUGGAUUGGCAAGGAGGAGAAGAUAGUCCUAUUUAUAGAGUUGGACUGGGACCUGCGAUAGCAAAUCUCAGUUAUGAA